AUGAGUGUCGGUCGCACUUCUGGGCCAACUAGAGGAAGCCUGCAAUUAAGAACCAACCUUUUUGCUUUGGGGGGGCGGGACGUCCCGCUCCACGCCCCCGGCAAGCUGAGGAGGAGAGAAGCUGUUAGUGAACUAGUUGGCGAGGCUGAACAUAAAACGCAUGUCGGCGCCUACCGACCCGGCGUACGACUUACACUACGCACACACACACACACCUUCUCUCCGUACCGAUCCAACAACGGCGCCGCCUCUCGCCCCCUCCCCCCGAUCAAUACCCGGCCAGCGGCGGGCCACCUCGCAAUGGACCUCCUGCUCGCCGCGCGCGACGACGGCUGCAGCUACGACGGCAACUCGGACCUGUACGGGGUCGGGGUGCGCGUCGGCCUGUACGCGCAGUGGGUGGCGACGCUGCUGGCGACGGUGUUUGAGCCGCGCAGCGAGAACGGCCUGCGCACGACCAACCUCAUCAUCCAGCUCGCCGUCUUCAUCGGGCUGUGCACCGAGAGCACGCGGGCCACGUCCACGACCGGCCUGCACGCCUCGGCCGCCGUCAUCACGCAGUUUCUGCUCUGCGGCUCGCUGUCCAGCGUCACCGGCGACGGCAUCAGCCACCUGCGGACGCUGUCCGGCGCCGCCCGCCUCUUCUUCUACACGGCCUUUUCGGCCUACGGGUGCUGGUUCUGGUUCGUCGGCGUGGAUGUGAUGCGGGACGACGGCGGCGGGUGCGCCGAGGUCGCCUUCUUCGCCCGCACCUCGUUUGACGGCUGGUUCCGCGUGCUCGGCAAGGUCCUCGCCGCGCUCGGGCUCGUCGUCUGCGCCGGCCUCGUCGUCUACUGGGCGUACCUGAUCGUGACGCGCUACCGCACCGGCUUCGAGAGCGGGCUCGCGGCCAACGCGGACCGCUACGCCGGCGGCAAGGGCGGCAGGCCGCGCAUCGAGCUCGCCCUGCUGGUGCUGUCGGCCGGGCUGCUGGUGCUGUCGGCCAUGGUGGUCGAGUACCUGAUUCGUGCGAAUGGCGUGCAAAAGGUCGGCCACGCGGACCUCGACUCGGUCGGACAGCUCAUCCCGCUGAUUGCAGGUUGCACGGGCGCGGCGUUGAUGCUGUGGCGGAUCGUCACCCAUAGGUUGUUUUUGAAGAAGCGCUGUCUAUUUCUGUUUGGCUUUCAUCUGUGA